UCAUAAAUCAUUUCAACAAAAGAGAUUGCCAAAGCAUUUCUGGGAGGACAUAUGUCUCAAAGGUUGACUGACAUAUUACAGAAUAUCGAUGUGUGCUUCUUCCUUUAUGCGCUGACCGACUUUUCCAGAGAACGACAGAGGUGUGGGCAGCCAAUCCAUAGUGAACGAAACCGAAUGCUAGCGAAGACCUGCUGUGUCACCUACCCGUUGGACAUUUGGUUGGUGUUUCGGACUGACAAAUUAUCCAGUCAGGUCUUGGGCAGAGCAAGGGCGACAGUGACACCGAAGGGCUUCUCCGAGAAUAAUCAUAUUCGCACGGAGCCUGCUGGCAGCAAAGCCGGUGCGUUCUUCUCGAUCGAGAAAGGCUGGCGGCUAUUCCUUAGUCAACCUGUCUUCCCGGCAAGCCUUGCCUAUGUUAUGCUCUACUUCAACGUGGUUCUUGGCCCGGGCAGCUUGAUGACCGCGUUUUUAACACAACGAGGCAUGGAGGCUUCAUCCAUUGGUCUUUUCAGGGCUGCAUGUGCAGUGACAGGAUUCUUGGCAACAUUCACGUCGGUGCCCCUCAUUGCUCGUUUAGGGGUGCUGAAGACUGGAGCAGUCUCCCUUCUAAUGCAGGCAGGCUCUCUGGGGUUGGCUGUAUUUGCUUAUAUGGCUACCCCAUUUGGUCACAAAGGUUCAUUGAAUCUAUUCCUCAUCUGUGUGGUCGCCUCCCGGUUGGGCUAUUGGAUGUAUGAUGUCGUCGACACACAAAUCUUCCAGACAGCGACUCCCGAAUCUCAGGCUGGCAUUAUUGGCGCUACAGAGCUUGCGCUAUGUAGUUUCGCCGAGCUCGUCAUGUUGAGUCUCGCAAUCGUCGCGGAGGACGUUUCCAAUUUUGGGUCUUUGGCGGUUCUGUCUACCAUUGCUGUAGCGGGGUCGGCAGCAGUUUACUGCAACUGGAUUGCUAAGCCAACAAGUGACCAGGUGCAGUUGUUUCCUGAAGAAUUUGAGGGCGUCAAUGGAGUAUCAUCGAGAGAAAGGAAGACGUCGCCGCGCGAGGAGCUGGAGGGUGACGAGUUGGACGUUGAGCGUUGGCGGGAUAGGUGGGAGACGUGGGAUGGUCGUGACAUUGGUGGUAGCAACAACUGGGGGGAAUGUGUCGGCCACCACAGCUCGGUGCUCAUGUCGGCAGCGCCGUUAUAGCGAAAGCACCAACUGAUCAACGGACCGCCCGACGACCGCAUUUAAAUCAAAUUGGAAUUAUUGGAUUCAAAAUUCAAUUUCAAUUUCAAUUUGGUUAUCGAUAUGAUGCGCUUUGUUUUUAAAAUUUCCCCUUUCGAGAAUUUUCCCAUCCAUCAUCUGCAGAUUGCCAAAUACAGAAAACUACUAUGUCAAAGAGUAGAAUAGGUAAAUCAACUUUAUUCUUUGAAUUGAAAUUCGUGGUCCUCAGUUCACGUUUUUUUUGGGGAUUAAAUUGAAUUAGUUGGAAUUCAUUUUUUGUUCCAAGUUCGCUGUCACAUCUCACAGCAGGUUCUGCUCCCCUUCCCCUUUGCCCUCACAGCAGCAGGAUGUAUCCCAUUCUAUGCGAUGCUAUAUGAUGCUAUGUGAUACUAUUCGACGCUAUUUCCGACGCUAUUUUCGACGCGAUCUCCAAUGCUAUAUUCGAUGCUAUUUCCGACGCUAUUUCCGAUGCUAUUUCCGAUGCUUUCCGACGCUAUUUCCGAUGCUAUUUCCGAUGCUAUUUCCGACGCUAUUUUCCGACGCUAUUUCCGAUGCUAUUUCUGCCGCUAUUUCUGAUGCUAUUUCGGAUGCUAUUUCCAAGGCUAUUGCCGAUGCCAUGUCCAACGCUGUAUCCAACGCUAUGCGAUGCUAGCUGAUGCUAUCUCUGAUGUUAUUUUUUAUGCUAUCUCCGACGCUAUCUCCGACGCUAUCUCCGUCCGAUGCUAUUUCCGACGCUAUUUCCGACGCUCUUUUCCGACGCUAUUUCCGAUGCUAUUUCCGACGCUAUUUCUGAUGCUAUUUCGGAUGCUAUUUCCAAGGCUAUUGCCGAUGCCAUGUCCAACGCUUUAUCCAACGCUAUGCGAUGCUAGCUGAUGCUAUCUCUGAUGUUAUUUUUUAUGCUAUCUCCGAUGCUAUCUCCGACGCUAUCUCCGUCCGAUGCUAUUUCCGAUGCUAUUUCCGACGCUAUUUUCCGACGCUAUUUCCGAUGCUAUUUCUGACGCUAUUUCUGAUGCUAUUUCGGAUGCUAUUUCCAAGGCCAUUGCCGAUGCCAUGUCCAACGCUGUAUCGAACGCAAUGCGAUGCUAGCUGAUGCUAUCUCUGAUGUUAUUUUUUAUGCUAUCUCCGACGCUAUCUCCGACGCUAUCUCCGACGCUAUCUCCGACGCUAUCUCCGACGCUAUCUCCGACGCUAUCUCCGAUGCUAUCUCUGACACUACUUCCAACGCUAUCUCCGGCUCCGAUGCUAUCUCGGACGCUAUUUCUGGCGCUAUUUCCAACGCUAUCUCCAACACUAUCUGGGACGCUAUGUGAUGCUAGCCGAGGCUAUCUGAUGCUAUCUCUGACGCUAUGUGAUGCUAGCUUAGGCUGUCUGAUGCUAUCUCCGCGAUGCUACACGAUGAUAUCUGAUGCUAUCUCCGCGAUGCUAUCUGAUGCUAUCUCCACGAUGCUAUCUGAUGCUAUCUCCGCGAUGCUAUGCGACGAUAUCUGAUGCUAUCCGAUCUUAUCUGAUAUUCUUUCCGAAUCUACGAGAUCCUAUUUGUUGCGAUCUGAUUCUGAAUUUUCAUGGCCUAUAUCAAUCAAGAGGGUAUUGCUGU